AUGAACCCAACCCCCCGUGGCCGUGGCCGCGGCCAACCAUCCAGCGACCGCGGCAUCAGCACCAACCGCGGCCGAGGACGAGGCUCAGAUCGCGGCGCGCCACGAGGAAGAUAUCCCAACCCACCUCGGGGCCGUGGAAACCGUCCUCCGCGCCCCAGAGACCCGGAUUAUCCCUCGGUACCAGCUAUAACUUCUCUCUACGAAGGACGCGCCGUUUCCAUCAUUUUGAAGCAGGACCAGCAGACUGGCCACCAAGUUCAUGGUAUUGUGGCUGACUUGCUCACGCGCGGCGAUCAUCCGCGUGGUGUGAAGGUUAGGCUAAGAGAUGGAAGGGUGGGGAGGGUGCAGAAGCUGAUUACGCCGGCGGAAGGCGAGCAAGGAGAAAGGCUUGUUGGUGGGGCGAGUGCGAAUUUAGGGAGGAACGGUGAUGGUGUAGAGAGUAGUACUAGAGGAAGAGGUGGGCUUGGCAUGAGAGGUGGAAGAAUAGAGAGGGAUAUUAGAGAAGAAGACGACUAUCUUUACGACGAGAGUCGGAGUAAUGCGCCGGUCAGGAAUGAUGGGCUUUUUGCGGCGUUAGAAGCGGCUGAUCAAAGGCAUCAGGAAGAGAGAGGGCUGGGUGGCGAGGAGAAAAUAGCAACAUGUCCGGUAUGUGGGGAGUUUGAAGGCGACGAAAGAGCUGUUGCGCAUCACGUUGAGAGUCACUUCGGGUCAUGA